CUCAGGCACCCUCCUUCCCUCUUGUUCCGGUCCCUCCGCUCCUCCUGAUUUCCCCUGGUGAUUUGGCAUGUGAUGUGGAGUAAAGUGAUGAACAAUGGUAUUUUUGCGCUCCGUGAUGGGUUAACUAGUUUGUUUCUGCUGUUGGCCAGUGGUGUUUUGCGAGUGUGUCUUGAGUAUGAGUCGUGUUGGUUGUGUUCCUGUGAUGUGAGGGGUACGACAAUUGUCCAUGCUUGUCUUCUGUGUCGUCCUCUUCUUCUUCCCACCACUCUUCUUCCUCUUCUUCUUCCAGUUCUGGGACAUGUCUCUCGCUUCGUGGUUCUCUCGACCGGGUGAAAUCUCCCGUGUUGUUUUCAAUGGAUUCGCUAAGUACUGUGAUUCCUUCCUUGGUGCCGAGGAUGUCUGGUAGGUAUAUGGAUCUUGACACAUCUCGGAGUGUCCCCGUUGCUCCUCAUAGAGCGGGCAUUCGCGUAUGAUGUAUUUCCGUGUCUGGAAUGUCUC